AAUAUACUACUUGAUCAAGAUUUCUGUCCAAAAAUUUCUGAUUUUGGUCUCGCACAGCUGUGCCUUAGAAAAGAUAGCAUUUUUUCUGCUAUAGAUACAAGAGGAACUAUAGGAUAUAUUGCUCCAGAAGUUUUCUCCAGAAACUUUGGAGUUGUCUCCAGUAAGUCUGAUGUUUAUAGCUAUGGGAUGAUGAUACUGGAAAUGGUUGGAGUAAGAAAUACCUCACCUUCGUGCAAUAAGAGUGACAGUGAAUACUAUUUUCCAAAUUGGAUUUAUGAGCAUUACAAUCAAAUUGGCCAUAUGAAAGGUUUCAGUAUAACUAUUGAGUCAGAAGAGAUUGCAAAGAAGAUGAUUUUGGUGGGGUUGUGGUGCAUCCAAACAAAUCCUGGGAGUCGGCCAUCGAUGAGCAGAGUGGUUGAUAUGCUGCAAUGCAGCAUUGAUGACUUGGAAAUGCCACCAAAGCCUACACUUUUUUCUUCUUAGUAUCAUUUUGUUCUGUGCGAGGUGGCAUUCUGAUAAUUUGGGAAAGGUUGGAGCCUACAAUCGCUCCAUCAAACGUUUAUAUGAAGCUUAAAGCCCCCCGAUCCUAAGAGAUC